AUGUCAACUUUUACAUUACCGAUAAUUGAUAUUUCUUCAUUUACGACAACAACAAAAAAAACUCAAGAAGUUGAUGAAUUAAAAUUAAAAACAGCCAAAGAAAUUCAUGAAGCAUGUAUGAAAACCGGAUUUUUUUAUAUCAAAGGUCAUAAUGUACCGAAAGAAAUAUGUGAUAAUGUUUUGAACUUGGGUAGAGAAUUCUUUAAAUUAUCACAGGAAGAAAAAAAUAAACUUAGUAUUUCUAAUGAAGACUAUAGACUUGGAGAAAACGUUACAAGAUAUCAAAAAGAUUGGCACGAAGCACUUGAUUAUUACAAACCUAUUCCACCUACUCACCCAUUAGUAAUAGGCAAUUUGCCAUUGAAAGGUGAAAAUAGAUGGCCAGAACACCCAUCAGAAUUUCGUAAAGUAUUUGAGGAAUAUAUAGAAUAUAUGAAAGAUUUAGGGGCCAAAGUCAUGAGUGCAAUUGCUUUAGGAUUAGGAGCAUUGGAAGUUAGAACAAAAAAUGGAGAUUGGAUCCAAGCUGAUCCUAUACCAGAUGCAUUUGUAGUAAAUAUUGGUGAUAUGCUAAAUAUUUGGACAAAUAACUUAUAUCAAAGCACUUUACAUAGAGUAAUUCAUAAAAGUGAUGAUUAUCGAGUUUCAGUUCCUUUUUUUUAUGAACCAAAUUUUGAUGCAAAGAUUAAUCCAAUUGAACAAUGUCUUAAAAUCGAUCCAAUUAAACAUUACGAUUCAGUAAUAUAUGGCGAACAUCUAAUCAAGAAGGUGACUGUGAAUUUUGAAGUCGCUUGA